AUGUCUGCGGACGCGCCGCAGAGGGACGGCACCCUCCGCAUGCGUACUGACACCGCCGAAAUAGACAACACCAUUAUCCAUCCAGGCUCGGUCAAGAUCAAUGUGAAGGGCGCGUUCAUUGUUGAUAACAACGCGGACUCCCCGAGCCCGAAUAGGACUGCGCAUGCAAAUGGGGGGAACGAGUCGAGGGAUAUCAGGUUACCGAACCACACGGCGGUAGUGAGCCAUAUUGCCGUGGAUAUUGGUGGCUCCCUGGCCAAAUUGGUAUACUUCUCUCGAGAGCCGCAUUCGCGAGAACCUGGCGGGCGAUUGAACUUCAUAACCUUCGAGACGGAUCGCAUUGACGACUGCAUAGAGUUCAUGAAGCAGCACAAGAUCAAACAGCAGACCCUCAAUGGAUCCGAGCCGGGGAAUCUUUGCGUAAUGGCAACAGGAGGAGGGGCGUACAAGUUCUACGACAAGCUCCGAGACGCUCUAGGUGUCGAUGUACUCAGAGAGGAGGAAAUGGCGUGUUUGAUAAUUGGCCUGGAUUUCUUCAUCACCGAAAUCCCUCGCGAGGUCUUUACAUACAGCGAGUCAGAUCCGAUGCACUUUGAAAAGCCACGUGCAGACAUAUACCCUUACCUCUUGGUUAACAUCGGAUCAGGGGUCAGCAUGAUCAAAGUCUCCGGACCACGGAAACACGAUAGAGUGGGCGGGACCUCUCUCGGGGGUGGCACGCUCUGGGGGCUUCUUUCUCUCCUAACAGGAGCCCGGACUUUUGACGACAUGCUGGGAAUGGCUGAGCACGGCGACAACGCCAAAGUCGAUAUGCUAGUAGGAGACAUCUACGGCGGCGACUAUGGAAAAGUCGGACUUAAGAGUAGCACGAUUGCAAGUUCCUUCGGCAAGGUAUUCCGUAUGAAGCGAGAAGCGGAACGAGAAGCAGAAGAUAGCGGCGGUCUCACAAAUGGCGACGCGUUUUCCUCCUCUCAAUCUUCGUCAUCCUCUCCUCAAGACAACCCUCCACCACCGGAAGCACACUCCUCCCCGCCCUUCUCCGCCCCAGAUAUCUCCCGCUCCCUCCUCUACGCCAUCUCCAACAACAUAGGUCAAAUUGCCUACCUGCAAUCUGAGAAACACUCUCUCUCCACAAUCUAUUUCGGGGGUAGCUUCAUCCGCGGCCACAGACAAACCAUGAACACGCUCAGCUACGCCAUCAAGUUCUGGAGUAGCGGCGAGAAAAAGGCCUAUUUCCUACGGCACGAAGGGUACCUCGGGGCCGUGGGUGCAUUUCUGAAGCGGCAGCCAAGGAAUUGGGGAAGGAGAGGAAGCUUUGAGGAUGGCGAUGCGCCGAUUUUCAACAAGGGGAUGGAUUACCCCGGAUCGUGA